CACCCACUGCAUUCUGCUCCAGUGAUAACCAUUGUACACCUGAGGAGAGUCGUCUCUGGACUGAAGGUUCAUUCUGUGGUUUCAGCGUCUGAUGCGUCCAUUUUGGUCGAUUAAAGGCUUAUUAACGCAGCGCCAAGGAUGCCAUCUGAGUUCUUUCUAGAGAUCUUCCUGGGCAUCCUGGGCUUCGGCCUCUCCAUCCUGUUUUGCACGACGUUCUGCAGGGCUUGCAGUCGUUUCAGGGAGGAGCAGAUAGAGAGGGAGUUGUGGAGGCGCAAUGAGCAGGAAGCGCACCGUAAUCCAAUCUUUUUCAUCCCCUUCCCCCGAAAUGGUUCAGAGAGCGAAAGCCAAUACAGGGUGCCACGAUACAGCGAGGAGGUCCAGUCACCACCACGAUACAGCACUGCUGCUUACUGUGGGCCCCCACCUUCCUACAAUGAGUUGGGCAUUAAGCCUGAGGAUCUUCCCCCGGCAUACACUGAAUUUAGCGCUCCUGGGUAUCCCAGCACACCGCCACCCCCACCCCCACCACCACCACCUCCAUCCCCACCACCCCUACCUCACACAGACAUGGUUCAACCACAAACAAGGUCACAACAAUAACCCCGGACCAUAACACUGUGCCUGUGUUGAUGUCAUGGACAUGUUAUGUUUUUGGUCCUGUUUGUUUGCAAUUAGAUCUUUUCAUUUCGCAGGGUAUCUCAAAAAACACUUUAAAGGUAUUUGUGAAAUUUAUUGUUAAUUCAGGUGCGCAUGUGAAUCCAAUGGUGCCACCGUGUGGCUAUUUAUGAAGCACAUUGUUUUGGCUCAUAUCUCCUAGAAUAUGAUGAUUGUAUGUUGUUUCUGGAGAACUCCUUUUACCAACGUGUGUUAGUUCCAGCACAGAUUUACCUUUAAAUGUUUUCACACCAAUUUCUUCACACAAAUUAUUUUUAUAAAAUAUUGGAUACAUUUUGUUCAUAGGUGAAACAACAUCAUUGAUUUAAUCCCUUACCAUUGUAUUAAAACUUAAAACUCACAGACAGGAUUUAGAUAAUUGCCAGAAAUCACAGACACUUUCACUACUCAGGAUCAGACUAUCGAUGUGUGCAUUUAAAUGCAAAUUAUGUGCAUGUAUUUAUUAAAAAUGAAAUGUUUAGAAGAUCUUUCAGCCUCAGGAAUAUUUGUGCUCUCUGAGUGCUUUCACAUAAUAUUUAGUUUAUGUGUAAUACAUAAUGACACACAGGAUGUAGCAGUUGUUUUAGGUAACUGAAUGAUGUAUUCAUGUUGCAUUUAAACCAACUUUCUGGAAGCCUUGAUGGUGACUUGUUUUCAGUAUUGAAAUUGGAUUAUACAUAAUUUAUUUUCUUCCUUUCUCUGUUGUCCUUAUUUUUUGGUGACACUAUACACAUAUGAUGCUUAAUUUGUGGGUCUCAUUGUAUUUAAGUGAAAGCUGAAAGCUGUAUUUUAAGGUCAGUGUUGUGCUGCGUCUUCAGUCUGUACCAGAUGAGAAAAAUAUUGCGUGAACAACCUGCUCUGAAACCAAGAGCGCUGCCUUUUCUGUGUGAGACUUUUAUUUAAAACUUUAAGCAAUGACAACACUGUAAAUGUAAAGUGUAAAUGAGCAAAUUGCACAACAGAAUGGUUUAAAUCUCAGGACAAGAUGUAUAAUGAUACAUACAGUAGCUGGUCUACUAACAGAUAUCUGGAUAGAAGGACAAAAACGUGUGUCACUCCAAAGAUAUGUCUGUAAUAUCACACAUGGACUAAAUGUAUCUGUAUAUAUUUAAUUUUGUACUAUAUUUUCCAUGUAAAUAUAAGAUGUUUAUAAUGAGGAUAUUAUCAUACAUUUUUCCAAUAAACAAUAAAUACAGCAUUCUAACUGA